CAACCAGAGAACAUGAUGCCUCUUUGCAAGUCAACUAGUGUGCUCUGUAGCUGAUAGAGGUACCUCAAGCUGAAAUAUUAUAGCCCUAUUGUACCGGAGAACGUGGUGUGACAGCCCUCUGGCUCAGCAAAUGGCCUGCCUCGUACCGCUGCACUGACGGAAAGUGCCGCCACAUUGGCGUUCAAGCUGGCAGGGCGACACAGAAAUCAACUUUGUCUAUUUUUAAUGGACAAGCUUCGAACGGCGGCGGCGGCGGCGGGCGGUUUGUUUUCCUUUCGUCUUUAUCGCUAGCUGCUUAAGCAAGCUCAUUGGAGACCCCGCGUGUGUCUCUGCCCGGCUGGCUACCUCCUACUCUCACACAGACAGUCCCAUUUAGAACAGCAUGGUCAUGGCUGACAGUGUCCAAAAACCGCUGAUCCGGGGUCCGGUCCGAGUGGGCUUCUACGACAUCGAGCGCACUUUAGGAAAGGGCAAUUUCGCUGUUGUGAAGCUGGCCAGACACCGUAUAACCAAGACUGAGGUGGCCAUUAAGAUUAUUGACAAGACCCAGCUGGAUGCUGUGAACCUGGAGAAGAUCUACAGAGAGGUUCAGAUCAUGAAAAUGCUGGACCACCCCCACAUCAUCAAGCUCUACCAGGUGAUGGAGACAAAGAACAUGCUUUACUUAGUCACGGAGUAUGCCAAGAAUGGCGAGAUAUUUGACUAUCUGGCAAAGCAUGGCCGUCUCAGUGAGCUGGAGGCCAGGAGAAAGUUCUGGCAGAUCCUGUCUGCGGUCGAAUACUGUCACAACCGAAACAUCGUCCACAGAGAUCUGAAGGCAGAGAAUCUGCUGCUAGAUGGCCAUAUGAACAUCAAGAUUGCAGAUUUUGGAUUUGGAAACUUUUUCCAGCCUGGGGAGCCUUUGGCCACUUGGUGUGGCAGCCCACCUUAUGCUGCUCCAGAGGUAUUUGAGGGACAACAAUAUGAGGGUCCACAGCUGGACAUCUGGAGUAUGGGGGUGGUGCUUUAUGUUCUGGUGUGUGGUGCGCUACCCUUUGACGGGCCCACUCUGCCUGUACUCCGACAGAGAGUCCUAGAAGGAAGGUUUCGGAUCCCCUACUUUAUGACUGAAGACUGUGAGCACCUGAUCCGCAGAAUGUUGGUCUUGGAUCCAUCCAAGCGUCUUUCUGUGGCCCAGAUUAAGGAGCAUAAAUGGAUGACUCUGGAUGUACCAGUACAGAGGCCUGUCCUGUACCAACAGCCACUGUCAGCUGAGGGUGAGGCGGGUGUAGGGGAAUACAGCGAGCAGGUUCUUCGUCUGAUGCACAGCCUUGGAAUCGACCAGCACAAGACUAUAGAGUCACUGCAGAACAAAAGCUACAACCACUUUGCUGCUAUUUACUACCUGCUGGUGGAGCGGCUCAAGGCCCAUCGCUGCAGCUUCCCUGUCGAACAGAGGCUUGACGCCCGUCAGCGACGACCUAGCACCAUUGCCGAGCAGACGGUCAUCAAGUCAACCAGCGGUUCAGCCCAGGUGGGUUUGCUUCCACAGGGUGUUCGUCUGUUGCGCUCUCCUGCAGUUCCCCAAGCCUCCUCCGACGCUUUCACCUUCCCCCAGACUCCUUGUCUUCUGGAGCAGAAUUUCAUGGUGGAGGAUGUAAACACACCUAAGGUGAAUGGCUGUUUGCUGGACCCCCUCCCUCCCCCCACUGUCCUCCGCAAGUCCUCCACCUCGUCGCCUAGCAACAUGAUGGAGACAUCGAUUGAUGAGGGCAUCGAAACUGAGGAGCCCGACGCAGAGGAUGAUCCACCCCACCUGCUCUCGCCCUAUCAGACUGCUAGAUUUGGCCAGCGGCGGCACACCCUGUCUGAGGUCACCAAUCAGCCAGGUCCUUCAAACCAAGGUAAAUUAUUCACUCUCGGCCACAACCCCUCUAUGGGUAGCGUGGACUCGGAUAUGGGCUAUGAUAUGGGCUCCAUGCACAGUGACCUCAGUCUGCUAGAGGAUCCCCCCUCCCUCACUGAAGUGGUACCAGCUAACAGCUCUGCCCCUGGCGUCACCCCAACACCUUUCCUGAAUGCUAGGCCUGCUAACCCAGCAAUGGCUGCCCUGACUUCUCAGCACAGGGAGACGCACAACCGCUCCCCCAUCAGCUUCAGAGAGGGACGCCGCGCCUCAGACACCUCCCUAACCCAAGGUCUGGUUGCAUUUCGGCAGCAUCUCCAAAACUUGGCGAGGACCAAAGGCAUCCUGGAGCUCAACAAAGUCCAGAUCCUGGUGGAGCAGAUGGGCACUGGGGAAGGGGCUGUCAUGGGCCCUCUGGGACCACAGCACCACUUGCACAACCUCCUGGAGGGUGAGGCAUGCAAGCAGCAGGAGGGCCUAGCUUUAUACCAAGGUGCACUGCAGCCGCCUCUCUUGUCCCGCAGACAGAGUUUGGAAACACAGUACCUCACUCACAGACUACAGAAGGCCAACGUCUUGGCCAACAGUCCUGCUAGCUGCCAACUUUUCUGUAAGGAGACUCCUCGAAGUUUAGAGCAGCAACUGCAGGAACACAGACUGAACCAGAAGAGGAUGUACCUUCAGCAGCAGUCGCAGGGCAUGGGACUUCAGACCUACUUCAACCAGAUGCAGAUAGCUGAAGGCUCCUACCCCACAGGCAACCCUGCUCUGGAUCCAGCAGCGCCUCAAAAUUCCCCUCAGGGCCCCUCAAUGUCAGCCACCCACCAACCUCAGCCCCAGCAGCAAGGCAGCCCUCAGGCCUCACCUCCAUUUAGCCACACCCAUAGCUUGAGCCCACUGUUGGAGCCAGGUGAGGGCCUGGUUUAUGAUCCUUACUUGAGCCAUCACCACUACACCCAACACUUGCCUCCUGGAGCUCACCUCCACCACCAGCUCCACCAUCAACAGCCUCAUGAGGUUUCUGCUAGCAGCCUGGGCUUCAGCUAUCCUGCAGGCUGUGAGCAGCAGGUUCUGGGGCCUUCCACUGAGGCUCUUCUUUCAGAGCAGUACGAGUUCUCAAUGGACUCCACUUUGCUGCCUCAACCUACCUCAGGAGAGGCUGACGGCAGAGUCACAGCUGGACUUCUGCCCGGUUCAGUGCAGUCAGACAGUGUGGGGAUGCCUGAGCUGCAGGAAUCCCUCCUGGACAGUGAGAUGAUGGAGACCGUGGACUCGCAGCAGGGGUUUGUACUGGUCAACUAAAAAGAGCUGAAGGGGUGAUUAAACAGCAGUAUUAUGCAAUGAGAACAUAAACAGCAUUGAGAGCAGAGAGGGCGGAGAUAUCAGUGGAGGCCAUAAGUGUAGCAACAGGGAAGGAAGUGUUAACUUUUGUACAACUAAUACAAACUUAAUUUCUUAGUUGUAAUAAACCUCAACUUUUCUACCAAAAUCCUCCCUUAACUGGCUUCCCUUUCUCCCACUACUCCUCUGUUCUCGUUCUCAUCUGCCCCAUGAGGCAGGAACAAGCCAGAUGUGUGGCACAACAUGAGCCACGUCGUGCUGAUUUGGCGAAGCUGCAAUUGUCGUUGCGCCGCCUGUGAAGACUGCGUCUUGCAGCCUAGUGGAAGGGGAGGGGGAUGCUGCACAUCCUGACAGCUGCUAGCGUGCAGCGUUUUACCUAGAAAUGGUUUUAAAGUAACUAAUUUAGGACUUGCUGAAUGGUAACCAAAAGCACAACGGCUGGCAGUGCUUUUUGUAUUUCAGAUAGGAUGCUGUCAACAACCAUAAACUGGUUAUAAAACACUUCUCUGGAAGGUUUUCUUUUUUUUUUUUUGGUUUUUUAGUAUUUUCUCAAUUUACAGUGGUUGACUAAACAACUGAGAAAAUGUAAACAGCCCUCAUUUAUCAUGGUAAAAUCACCACAAAUAUUUUUCGGUUGUUGUUGUUAGUAACUCUAUUUUGCAAAGGCAAACCUGAUGCUCAUGCACAGGUUUCAACACUAUUGCCUUGAAAGAAGCACGUUAACUUUUGUAGUUGCUGAAACAAAUGUGCUAAUAGAUGCUACAGUGGUAAACGUUUGCAACUGCAAGCCAUUUUUCAGUUUGAAGAGAGGAAAGGUGCGGGCGUUUUGACUUUAUUUUUUCAUCAUUUCUAACUACUGAUCUUGAUUUGUUAAAAUAAACUACUGAUUGCAUAUACUUUCCAGGUUUCAUUACACUCAACUCAAUUAAGAUAAUAACCAAUUUUUGCAGACAGAAAGUCUGCACAACGAUUUAAAAGUGGGUCAUGCGUUUGCCUGAUAAAUGAGGGCUGAUGUGAUUGAUGUGAUAGGUUGAGAAGUUGCUGUGUUAAACUGUCAAUAUUCUGUUUCUGUGGCAAUACUGAAGCAAUAUUAAUCCUUAAUGGGGAGGGAUUGUGAAUGGAAGCCUCACCUGAAUAGCCAACUCUGAUUGGUUCACAGGGACCUCUGAGUCGUCAGCAGUGGCUGAUGAUGUAACCAGAAGAUAAUCUGUCAGACAUUUGCCCUGGAAGUGCAGGGAUCAGCCCAGAGAUGGCUGUAUGGAUGCUACUGUGCAAAAGUUUGAUUUCAAAAUUAUUUUUAUUAAACAUUUUUUUUCUUCUCAAGAAAUAAUUCCAUACACACUAUUUAUCUGUGUACUUUAUAUAGUGGAGUAAAUGUCAAACAUCUAAAUCAAAUUAAUGUAUGAUGUGAUGCAAGCGCCUUUUGCCUUCCGAGCAGCACCAGUUCUCCUCCAUACAGUUUUUAAGGUACGUCUCAGAGCAUCUGGGUCAGUGCUGCAAAACCAAUAUGGGACCGAUGAGGCGUGGCCCUGCGUCUGUUUAGAUACAAAAACAAAACCUCUAAAUUUCUCUAAACUUUUGCACAGUGUUGUGUGUGGAUGUGUGGGUAGAUGUGUGUGAUUGUAAUUGUUUUGUUUGCACAAUUCAGCAUUUUUUUUGCAUCCAUUUUCAUCAUUUGUUGUAAUUACUGAAAAAAGACACUGUACUGACUGCUUUUUUCACAGCUUUAUUCAAGACUAACUGUGUGAUUUUUUUUUUUUUUUUUUUUAUUAAUUCUAGUUUACAUCCUCACAGCUCCAGUCAUGCCUCUGUUUUGUCUUAUUGAUGAAUUAUGUUUGGUCUGAUGGAAUGACCCCCCUAAAGAUUCCCUGCAUUGUAUUUCCUGAAUGAAUGUCUCCUCUCUGACGUUGGAAUAAUGGAACGAUAAACGUCACAGGGUUGGGGUAAGAUUACUGGGUUGUGACCAUCUGCCAGACUGCAUGACCUGCAGUGGUCAGGGUUAAACUGUCGGAGUGUUUAUAGUCCGAUUAGUCUGCAGAUGAGGCGAUGGCUCUCAUUUUGUAAACUUGACUGAGCACACAUCUCAAGAGUUCACAGAUAUUAAAGGACAGAGAUGGUUAGACUAGAAUUCCAUGCAGUAGUUGCUGUUAAACAGUCUAUAGUGAGAAGAAAAUGUGGACCAACGGUGGCUGCGGUCCUGCGCAAGACUUAAUGGGGAAAAUUCACCCUGGAAUGCUUUUUCACAACUGAUUAGAAUUACAGCUAAUAAUUUAAUCAUCUGCGGCUUAUUUGAUAAACUAGUUGAUCUGUCUGACCUACAGUCAAAAAUUGUCUCAUGGAAGAAAAUUUUAGUCAUUUUAUCAGGAUAUUACCACUGCUGGCUUAAUAAAUCACUGCGUUGAUUUCAGAUAACUGAACAGGCAGUGAUACAAAGAAAUUGAGCAACAGUGGCCUCGGUAGACCAGAAUGCAUUGCAGACCUGUUGCAAAACUGGCUGGAAUGCAGUUGUAUUUAUCGUUCCACCCUUCAAUUUCCAAAUAAUCAGCUCACUGGGUAUGUUUAUAUGGUCGUACACCCACAUUUUAUUAACAGAAAUAAGCUCACACCCAGUUUGUGGGCCAUGUCGAAACUAUCCAUUUGAGAGAAAGGACUAAGUGUGUGAGGCUUGGUUGAAGAUGAAAUGAUUAUUCUGGGCGUUAUAGAGCAUUAAAUUGUUAGCACUGAUGUCGUAAGAGCAUUAAAGUGUGGGUUUUGCCUUUGUCGAUGGUCAGGCUUAAAGACCUACAGGAUGAUCUGUGGAAGUUGAAUACUGGAGCACUUUGACAACAAGGGGAAGAAGAGAUGUAGCGAGACAGGAGGAGGUGAUUGUGGUGGAGAAAGGUGGAGGUUUGUAUUGCUCUGCCGUUUCCUGGCAGAUGAAACGAACCGCAAUCUGCCAGGAAACACCUUUCUCCUCUCUCUUCCCCACCAAUAAUGGACACAAAACAAAUUUCUUUCAAAGAAAGACCAGACAUAGUAACGCUUUAUUUGAUUGUUGAUUUUUAAUCCAAGAAAAAGUAACACUUUUCAGUUUAUUUUGAUGAGUGUUCUUUGUACAGAGUAGGGGUGUAGUGAAUCCUCAGUGCACGCUCAAGUUCUGCUGUGGAAAAUCGUGUUGAAUAAUGUUCAGUGUGCCUUUUACUUUUCAUAUUUUCAGACUUUGAAUAGAACCAAUAUUCCUGGUUGAACCCUUCUGUCAUUUAUUUUAUUAUGGUUAUUUCCCUGUUUUCUGUAUUUUUUUCUCUUUUUGUCUGGAAGUAGAACCAGGUUUUACAAAGGUACAAAACCAAAGUCCCUCAGAAGUUUCCCUGUACGACCCACCGUGUGGAGUUUUGGAGCUUCUUUGUCAGUUUCUCUACUGUGCUUUUUCUUUUUCUUCUUUUUUCUUGUUGGUCAAUCAGUGUAUGCCAUUUAAAAGUAUUAUAGCAAUAUCUCUAGUUGAAAAUUAAAGUCAUGAAGAUUCUAGUGGUUGUGUUUCCAAGUAUCAUAAUUUCACUUCCUGCUGAUUUAAAAAAGAAAAAAAAAAAAAAACAAUAGAAAUCCAAUUUUAUAUUUACCUUCAUU